AUGGCUCCAUGUUCUUUCCCAGGACAUCAGCCUCUUCGGGAAGCCAAAUCCUCCGCUGUCGUUACCGGCUACACUCGCCCAAUGACCAACGCCAAACGGGUGAGAAAGAAAUUCUACAACGUCAUACAUGCCUUCCUGGGGACUGUGCUGACUGUGGAAAAGUUGACUGUCUUUGCUGACUUCAAUGCCCGCGUCGAGAGAGACCACGUUGACUCAGGGGCGGAGGGGGAUUGGGAAGAGUUCCUGAUCUUCAUGGACUCGGCGGCUCCAACGAAAACGGCCUCCUCCUCCUCCUCCUCAUCCUCCUCCUCCUGUGUCUUUGCUGACUUCAGUGACCCCGUCGAGACAGACCACGCUGCCUAA